AUCUUCGUCAGUAAUCUCUCCGAUGAGGUCGAUAAUCAAGUCCUCUUUCAGGCCUUUUCCACUUACGGUACCGUCUCUGAGGCUUAUGUGAUACGGGACAAGAAGACUGGUCGUUCUCGAGGUCACGGUUUCGCCGCUUUCCGGGAUCGCGCCGAAGCUGAGAAGACUCUAAGCUCUAUGAACGGCGAACGGUUAGGCUCUCGCGCCAUU